AUGGUACACUUUCACCUAAACCCCAGCCUGUGGGCAGUUCUUCUGACAUUCACGUCACUACAACCAUGUUCUGCCGACAAGCGCGUUGAUCUCAUUGUCCGGCCCGAUGGCGGAAAUGUUUCCUCCCCGAUUAUGUAUGGACUCAUGCACGAGGACAUCAAUAACUCCGGCGAUGGCGGCAUCUACGCCGAGCUCAUCCGUAACCGCGCUUUCCAGUCCGGCGACGAGUCCCGUUACCCAGUCACUCUCGACGGCUGGUCGGCCGUCAAUGGUGCCAAACUCAGCCUGAAGAAGCUUUCUCAGCCGCUCUCUGCCGCUCUCCCUUACUCCAUGAACGUAGCGGUUCCAUCAUCUUCGAACAAGACGGUUGGCUUUGCCAAUGCCGGGUACUGGGGAAUGGAUGUCAGAGUCCAAAAGUACACUGGGUCGUUUUACGUCAAGGGCGCUUACCAGGGAAAAUCCUUCACAGCUUCGCUCCAGAGUGCUCUGACUGGCGAAGUGUUUGGGACCACCAAGGUACCUGUCAAGAAGGCUGGCAAUGAUUGGGUAAAAUAUGACUUCGACUUGGUUCCAGAGAAGGCGGCACCAAACAGCAACAACACGUUUGCAAUUACUUUUGACGCUGCAGGCGUUCGUGGUGGUUCACUAGACUUUAACCUUAUCAGUCUGUUCCCGCCGACAUACAAUAACAGGCCAAAUGGGCUGAGGGUCGAUAUCAUGGAGGCUUUGGCCGCACUCAAGCCGAAAUUCCUUCGCUUCCCUGGCGGUAACAUGCUCGAGGGCAACACCCUCCCAACUUGGUGGAAGUGGAACGAAACGAUCGGGGACCUCAAGAACCGUCCCGGCCGGGCCGGCGUCUGGGGAUAUCCUCUGAGUGCUGGACUGGGUUUGGUUGAAUACAUGCAAUGGUGCGAGGACCUCAACUUGGAGCCAAUUCUCGCCGUUUGGAGUGGCCUUGCUCUCGACGGGGGCGAGCUCCCUGAAUCUCGCAUUGACGAGGCCGUCCAAAGCGCACUCGAUGAGCUCGAAUUCCUCACCGGCGACGCUUCCACACACUGGGGUGGCAUUCGCGCCUCCAUUCUCGGUCACACGCGUCCCUGGAAGAUCCGGUACGUGGAGAUUGGUAACGAGGAUUGGCUGGGCGGCGGCUCUACGGGCUUUGAGAAUUACAAGAAGUAUCGUUUCCCCGCCUUUUUCAAGGCAUUCCAGGAAAAGUACCCAGAGAUCCAGCUCAUCGCCUCGCCGUCAGUCUUCGAUGGCAUGACUAUUCCCAAGCCGGCUGGUGGAGAUUAUCACCCGUACUUGACACCAGAUAACAUGGUGUUGAGUUUCAACAAGUUUGAUAGUCUGACGAGGGAUAACUUGACCUUGAUUGGCGAGGCAGCAUCAACACACCCCAACGGCGGUAUCGGCUGGGAAGGUAACCUUAUGCCUUUCCCUUGGUGGGGAGGCAGUGUCGGCGAAGCCAUCUUUUUGCUCGGACUGGAGCGCAAUGGUGAUAAAGUCAUCGGCGCCACUUAUGCUCCUGGUCUUCGCAACCUCAACCGCUGGCAGUGGGCCAUGACGCAGAUUCAGCAUGCUGCUGAUCCAGCCUUGACCACGCUGUCAACCAGCUACCAUCUGCUGGGCACCACUGCCAUAACCAAGACGCUUCCCGUCACCGCCACGACCGGUGGCAUCGGACCGCUCUACUACGUCGCUGGAGAGACAGAAAGGGGAAGCAGCGUGUUCAAGGCCGCUGUCUACAACUCUACCGAGCCAGUUGCAGUCUCUGUCCAGUUCGCGGGACUUGGUGAAAAAGUAAAGCAGCCGCACAAGAAAACAGCGACCGCUACACUGACGGUCCUGACGGGUCCGACGAAUCCGUACGAGUACAACGAUCCGUGGAAGCAUAACAACGUGGUGGAGGAGACCAAGACCAAGUUGAAGGCGAAGGAGGGGGGGAUCUUUUCUUUCACUCUCCCACAACUGAGUGUUGCUGUUUUGGAGACGGAUAGUGAAUGAGACAGGUAGAGAGUGCAGUGGCAUACCUAGAUCAGUCCGUUUACCGACGAGAAUGUAGAUACCGACGUAGGUACUUUUACACAAGCGCUGCUGAGAAACCCCAGUAGAGGUAGGCGCUUCGGCCCGUGACAAACUCUUGAGGGAGCCU